CGGACAAGGACGGACAUACCAACCGGAAGUACUAUCAUUCACUUCCUGGUCUUUACGCAUAUCCGAGCUGCUAGGAUUUUGACCACUUUGUACGUCCUAUAUUUAUAUUUUGUAACCGCCAGGAUGCAGAUUUGCAGCGUGUGCAGCGAACAUCCACCGAAAUACAGAUGUCCAGCCUGCAAAAUAAGAUAUUGUUCACUCGGCUGUUACAAGAGGCAUAAAGACACUUGUCUUCCUGUUGAGCAGCCUGCACUGUCUGAUCCUGAGACUAAGGAGCCUUUCAGCACUGAAACGUGGACUGUUGAUGAUCUUCUGCAUGAAGAUGACAUCACUGACAAAGUACCUCUGCAGAAGCUUCAGCUGCUAGGUCAGUCAAAAGAGCUCAGAGAUCUUCUCUGUAACCCCCACCUGAGACAGUUACUGCGCUCCGUUGACAGCGCGGACAGCAAAGCCGACGCGAUGAAGGCCGCCAUGCAGGAGCCUCUGUUUGUUGAAUUUUCAGACCAGUGUUUGAAAACUGUAGAAAAUGAAGCGUUAAUAUCCAGUGAAGCGGGUGAUUUGUAAAAUGGUGCCUGCAUUAGUUUUCUAUCAGAUCUUUUUUUUUUAAUAUUUUUGUAUGAAGUUUUGGAAUAGGCAUGUUGUGCAAUUAUUGUUGAUCUAAGUUCCUGUCCCGUGCCUUGUCAUGCUACAAUAUGUAUAUAUAUGUUCAAAUAAAUGCUGAAAUGUUUUAUAUCAG